AUGGUCGAGAUCGAGGAGCAGCUGCAAAGAAUUUGUUCCCACGAGGAGUUCGGACGCGAUCACUUAACUCCUUCAGCCUCGUGACGCGUUUCGCACAUGUGUACAGACCCGGAGAUAAAGAAGAAACCUCGACGUCAGGUCGAGGCUGGGGUUCUUACAUCGUCACCACUACUGUUGAGCACAGGUUGUUUUUGUACAGUUCGGUGUAGGGUCGACCGCUGAGCUAUUGCUUUCGGUCUAUCUUCUUGUUUUUCGUGAAUAUCUAACGUAAUGUCAUGGCUGCGGGCCAAAGCCGAGGCCACAAAAAACGCAUAGGACAUCCAAAAUAUCAAUGGCCUAUGAUGAUCAGAUAGACAAAACAUGUAAAUGACGGGUAUGUUUAAGAUGAAAAGAGAAGAUUCACAUGCGUAAGAAAGAGUGAACGCAGGGAGUUCGUGUUUGCCUCCUGUAAGGGUGGCGUCAGCGCCGCGCCCCCCCUCUCUCUCUGUCUGUCUUCUCUCUUUCUCUUUCGACCGGUGUAGUUUGCUCCGAAGGUCACUCUGGGCGAUAAAUGACCGUGUGCACAACGGUUUGGGUGCCCCGAUUGGGAGAACACGUGAGCGCCUUAGCUCACGCCUGGUACCUACGAGCAUAGAGCUUGGAAUCGUGGGUUCCGAAUGUGGUCGCAGAUGCUUGCUGGAGCAGCCGCUCAGACGUGUUGUUCUCUUGGUUCUCGGGGCUUGUCAAACGUUUGCUUCGAUUCGCCCGUGUACCACACCGACAAAUAGACGUUCUUCAGAAUUCAGAACUCAAACGACAUACCUGGUAUCAUAGGACACGAGAUACCUGCCGUCCGAAUGGUUCGGUCGGAUACGCUUUCAUUGCGAGAUAAUCUGCAUCCGCAAACGUUUGGCCGAGUACCGGCCGUCUGUGUCGCUCGGCCCGCAACGCUUACUUUGCGAGAGAUGUCUAUCUGCGUUCGGAAACGUUUAUCGAGGGGUUUCUCUCGUGCUCCCAUCUUCUUUGGACCUGAGCUCUCCGUCCCUCUGGUUGCAUCUCUGCCUGCAUGUGCCGGUGAUUA